AUGGAAGCUAGUUGCGGUCCUACUAAUGCCCUUAAUAAGCUUUCGCAGUAUUCGCAGAGAGAUAACAGUUUACAGAAUGACGUACUUAGACAGCCUCAGCAUAACCCUACAGCCCAAUUCAAAGGAGGCCAAUUAGUAGAUGAAAGACUUAAUCAAGAUUUCAACCAGUUUAAUCAAACUGGAGGCAGCUCUAACUUUGCCUCGCAAUUUAUGAACUCGCAUGCUCCCCAAUUUCAGAAUAGAAAUGUUCAAGCAGUUCCACAGAAUAGAGCACAGCAGUUUCAGCAUCAGUAUCAACCCCAGACUGGAAAUAGCAACUGGGUACUGGAUUUCUCCAGCAUGUCGAUAGGCGAUUCGCAAAGGGCCAAUUGGAAUCAACAGUUCAAUCAAAAUAUGUCACAACAGAUGCAAAGUCAGACUCAAAAUCAGAAUCAGAUGAACGGAGUACAACAGAGACAGUUUAUGGCACAACGUACCAAUGGUGAAGCUUUCCAGUUGAAUAUGCGAACCAACUUGUCGACAACAAUGAAUAUCAAUAAUCGUCCUAUGAAUAUGAACACCCUGUCCCCUGGAUUUAAGACAGAACAUCAAGAGAUGCAUGAAGCUGCAUUUUUUGAUAAUCAGUUUAAUGAGUUGGAGAAGGAGUUACAGGAAACCACUGAACAACAAGAAAUAUUUGAUGAUUCUGAAAAGGAAAAGUUUGCUGAAACAGCUAGAAGAGUUAAGAGUUCGAUGUUACAUGGUGGCAGUUUGCAACUGGAGGAAACUUCCCAAAAGUUUCAAAACUCCAAUUUUCUUAAAUUAAUGAACUCAAUUGGAAAUAGACAAGUUGAGUUGGAGGGUGAUAAAUUGGUUGAAAAAGAAGGUCAAAGUUCCCAAAUAAACGUUGAACCGCAAGACGCUCGUGUUUCUAUGGUACCUAUGGCUGAUGGGAAAGAAAUAGAUUAUCAUAAACCCUUACACCCAUUCCCCGAUGUUACAGAAGAAAAAAGGCAAAAUCUACGUGAGGAGCAUAUAAACCAUCUACCAGACCCUCUAGCGCAUUUGAAAGAAGGUGAUUUAGCCGAUUUUAAGAGUCCAUUAGAAGCUGCCAAGAUCGUUAGUGGGAAUCAAGUAAAGACUAGUGAUUGGAUGGACGAUGAUCUGUGGCUAGAUCAAACGGGGCCUGCUAGUCAAAGAUCUCAGAUAAUGACCGAUGAAUGGCAGGAAAUGUUUGACGAUUACAGACACGAUGAUCAUUGA